UGUUCUGUUAUUCGGCCUCGGUGAGCACAACAGCGAAGACGUGUUGUAGCGGUCUGUCUUGGCUCUUGAAAGAAGUCGGUCUUUUGUGCAGUAUGUGACCAGUUGUUCAGUGGUAAUAUGGCGGAUAUAGUGCAUUAUGUUUGCUUUGUGUUGUUAGUAUCCUUGCAGCACGUCCUUACCCAGGAUAUAACUCAACCUACUGGAAGAACUGAACAACAUCCUGCCAGAGACUUCAGCCGCCACACACUUGUCAAGCCAAGGAUAUACCAUGGAAGAGAGAAGAGGCAAAUAUCGACGAGCAAAGAUGAGGGAACUAGCUACCACCUGGAUUACGUCACGGUGACCGUCCCCGUGGACGGAGAAGAGCUCACUCUGGACCUAACCCUCAAUAAACAGCUCAUCCCGAAGGGAUUUUUCCGGAAGACUCAGGAAAAAGGCGGCCAUAAGGUCGUCAAGCCUGGGCCCGGAGAAAUUGAUUUGUGCCAUUACGGGGGUAAAGUCAGAAAUAAACCCGACUCGUGGGUGGCUCUGUCGACGUGCGACGGAUUAUCGGGGGUGAUUUUUGACGGGGAGGAGAUGCAUUAUAUCGAGAAGAUGGGAGACGAGCAUUUUUUGUACAAACAUUCGGAUCUGGUGGAGAAUAAUAAAACCUGCGGGUUUCCCGAAACGGUCGAGGAUAAGGAGAAGCAUAGUCAUAAUAGGAUACUUAGGUAUAAGAGAGCCGCUGAGCAAAACGAGCUGGUUAGAGGACCCUACAACGCGAACAAAGAAUCGAAAUACGUAGAAUUAGUUUUAGUGGUCGACAAUCGGGAGUAUAAGGAGUUAGGGGAGAGCACGAGCAAAGUGGAGCGUCAUUGCAAAACUAUUGCCAACAUAAUAAACGGGCUCUACGCCCCGCUCAACAUAUUCAUAGCCUUAGUAGGCGUCGUCAUUUGGACCGAAAACGACGAAAUCAACUUCUCCAGCAACGGCGACGCCACCCUGACCAACUUCCUCCAUUACCGCCGCGAGAAACUCGUUAAGGACCACCCCAACGACAACGCUCAACUCCUGACCAAAUUCAAUUUCGAAAACGGGGUCGUCGGAAAAGCGCUCAAAGGCCCCAUCUGCACCUACGAGUACUCCGGCGGGGUGAACACCGACCACUCGCCGGUCGUGGGACUCGUGGCCACGACGGUGGCCCACGAAAUGGGCCACAACUUCGGCAUGGAGCACGACACCAACGAGUGCACGUGUCCGGACGACCGCUGCAUCAUGGCGCCGAGCAGUUCGACGGUGGCGCCCACCCACUGGUCCUCCUGUAGUUUGAACUACCUGUUGCUGGCGUUUACCCACGGGAUGGACUAUUGCCUGAAGAAUAAGCCGGCGGCGUUGUUCGACAGCCCGGUUUGCGGAAACGGGUUCGUCGAACCCGGGGAACAAUGCGACUGCGGUUUGCCGGAGCAUUGCGACAACACUUGCUGCAAUGCCACGACUUGCAUGCUGUAUGGAAAUGCGAGUUGUGCAACAGGGGAAUGCUGCGAUUUGGCGACGUGUAAGCCGAAGACUGCUGGUACUUUAUGCCGUUCGGCGGACUACGAAUGCGACCUACCAGAGUAUUGCACUGGGCAAAGUGAGUACUGCCCUGCCGAUAUUUACAAAAUGGACACCGAAGUUUGCGAUGACGGCAAGGCGUUUUGUUAUCAUGGGUUUUGCCGGACCAGAACCGACCAGUGUAAACUUUUGUGGGGCGAAACGGGCAAAUCCAGCGACGAGCAAUGUUACAAGAUGAACGUCAAAGGAAACCGUCAUGGAAACUGCGGUUAUAAUAAAUUCAACCAGUCGUUUUUUAAAUGCAACGAUGAGAAUGUCCUCUGCGGUAUGCUUCACUGUAAACACUUAAACGAGCGCCUCGAAUUUGGAAUGGAAUCGGUGUCCAUUCUCUCCCACAGUUUUUUGAACUUGAAAGGAUCGAUCGUGGCUUGCAGGACCGCUAUCGUUGAUUUGGGCAUAAACCAGGUGGACCCAGGUUUGGCGCCAGACGGUGCUAAGUGCGGCGACGGCAAAAUGUGCGUCAAUCAAAGAUGUAUGUCCGUGGCAAGUUUGCAAUUAGCGGCUCGCACCUGCCCCCAAGACUGCAACAACAACGGCUGGUGUAACAACUUGGGUCAUUGCCACUGCAAAGAUGGCUACGCGCCGCCAUAUUGCGAAGACCCGGGUCCGGGAGGAUCGGAGGAUAGCGGCCCCGCUUCGGAUCCAGAGGCUCGCAAGGAGUUCGUGACGGCACUCUUCGUCAUCUUCCUGGGUAUCAUCCCGGCGCUGGUGCUGUUGGCGUUCUUGACUUACUACGUCAAGCACAACGUCCUUCAUUUCCGUUCGACCAAAUCGCCGGCGCCAACGAUCAAGUCGCCUUCGAAAUCUCGCAGCGCCCCCUUCGCCCCCGACUCCGCCAAGCGCACGGAAGACAAUCAUUCUCUCCUCCAAAACGAAACGUCCAAUGCGUCGCUGCAGCACGAGUUCUUCGGCCACUUCAAAGGCUUUUCGCUCAUGCCCGCCAAGAAGGUGGAAACGGAACCGUCACGAGCCGCUCCGCCGCCUCCCAUCGUCAUCCCGUCCACCACCCCGUCGUUCAAGCGGUCCGAAUCCGGGAAGAACUUCUUGAACAAGUCGGUAUCGAGGGCGCAGUCGUUCAAGCAGGCGUUGACGGGAGGCGGGAACAAUAGUGGACCAGCCUUGCCUCCUCCCAAUCCGGGAAGUACGGCCAAGCCUAUCAUUUCGUCACCGAUUUUGGAGAAUUCGACGUGCACGGCAAAGGAGUUGAUUUCGCCGUUGAGGAACGCCCCGAAGGUUCCGAUGAGGGCGGCGCCUGAGGCUCCGCCUGCUCAGAGACCUUUGUCGACGCCCGAUUCGAUAGUUUCGGAUGAGGGAAAGAAAAGUGGGACCACGUUGAAUCGAAUUGCGUCGUUUUUGAAAAAACCGCCCACUAGUGGUAGUACUGUUAAUAAUGUCAAUUCUAGUACACUGCCGAGGAAAGCUAGUAAAAUUUUGGAUAAAAAUGCGUUGAGGUCAAUCGAAAUUUCGAACCCUAUUCUGCAGACGGAAAGUAGUACGGUGAAGGUGCCUGGAGAGGAGAACAAAGCUGUGGUGAUGAGAGCGCAGAGUAUGAGGGGUACGAGUGUCACACCGAGACCACAUAUACAGACCUUCGGGUCGAUGAGACAACCUGGAGGUACUAAACGACCGCUGAGUAUACCGUCGGGUAGUAGACCUAAGAGUCCGCCGCCUCCAGCGCCCCCUAUUUUAGAAAUCGACAAAAAAUUGCAAAUUCCAAGUUUACCAGGCUACCAGAAACCGGUAGCUAAUAAAACAUCCCAAAACCAAUAUGACGACUGUUUAAAUAAAGCAGCUCCUCUAGGUAAACUAAAUGAAGAAUUAAGUAACGACAACAUCUACGCUGUUAUUGAAGAAUCCCCACUCUCACCACCAGAUAGCGUCAACUCCGUCGAAGACAAAACGAAAGCCAGUUCCAGCUCAAGCGACAGCAUGGGUCUCCUCGGAGAAAUAGUCUCCGAAAUUCAAAACCGCAACUUCGACUCUAUCUACUCCACCUCCACCCUCGCCAGAAAGCAAAAAGAAGAAGAAGAAGCCAGAUUGAAAGCCCUAGAUUCCGACACCUACGUCAACACUUCAUCCCUUUACAAAGCCCCCGAAAGCGUCUACAGCAACAUGAACAACAUCAAAUCCAGCGCUAGCUCCACCUCUAGCGGUUACAUCCACCCAUCGUCCGUCAACGUACCGGUCAAACCACCCGAACCGGUUAAACCGCCCGAGCCCAAACUGUCCACAUUCAAAGAAGCUCCCUCCACUGUGAAAUCGCGAAGUCCAACUCCCACCAAAACGGCAUCGAAAGCCCCCAAAUCCGUGAAUCGUCAGGUCACGCCCCCUAACCUGCGCACGCGUAAGCCUUCUCCCACGAGAUCCGCCCCUUCAGCCCCGAAGACACGCCCCGUAUCCAACAGUCCUGACCUCGUGACGAGCUGCAACUCGAAACCGGGAACGAAGGGGCCGGACUUGGUUAACGGGGGCGUGGCGAAGAAACCCACCAUCGCAACGGUUAAACCGAACGUAGGCGGUUUGCCGAAAGGGCCGGGGAGGGGUAAGACGGUUAGUUUUAACAAACCGGGUGAGCGGAAAGGGACGAAUGUGAGUAAAAGUAAUUCGGAUACGAGUAGCGUAACGAAAAGUACCGAAGGCGGUGUUGCGUCGAAAAGUGUGCCUUCGGGGGUGAAGAACGCGGCGAGGUCGUCGUCGAAUGUGGCGUCGCUGCAGAAGAAGUUUGAGAAUAAGACGUUCAAUGCGAAAACUAAUAAAGCGUGCUAAUUUUGGGGACAGCUAUUUAAAGUAGGUUAUGUUAUUUAAGGGGAUCUCAGACAUUGUGAUAAAUUUAUUAAUUUGUGUCAAAAAGGCCUUAAAGGACAAUCAGUUUUCUGAAAAAGACGAGAUCCUUUGUAAGUAUUUGGGUAAAUUAUUGUAAUGCACCGCUCGUUGGAAGAGUGAGGGUCGUGGUUUUCUAAAGUUGCUUAAGAUUACUAGUCGUAACACUGCAUCACGUUUAGCUUUAAUGUACUCAAAGGAAGAUGUAUUUAUUCAAGAGGCAGCUCGAUUAUUAUGCUUCAGUGAGCUUUUCAAUAGGAGCAGUGAUUUUCCGGCGAGCGGUGGAUGCGCGAUGGUAGGAAUUGCGCAGGUGUGUGUAGUAGUUUGAUUGGAUGACGUACCGAGUUCCGCCUAAGUUCGAUUGACCAAUCACAUUGCAGACUACCACGACGUGGUUCCUACUCGUCUUUGUUGUUUUCAUAAAAUUAAGUAUUCCUAUUGCGAUAAUGUGAUUUUUUUCACAUUCUUAUUUUAUUAUACACCUGUUAGUUUGAUAGGUUUUGUACAUAAUACCAAAGAUUAUUAUUGUAUUAAAUCUUGUAAUAUAAACAAUGGAAUAUUUCUUCAAUCAUUAAA